AUGACUUUUUCAUUAUUAGAGUCUAACCUACUACCUAUUACAAAUGGUCAAAUAAAUCAAACGGCAUUUACACAAAUAAAUAAUUAUUCUGAUACUUCUUUAUAUACCAGAUUUUAUAUGCCAAAUAAUCAAAUGGAUCUUGUUUGGUUUACACGACGUAUUCAAAGAGUAAUAUCACCAAAAUUUACAGACCUGUUAGGAUAUGCUCCAACAUUGGAUAAUACUUCGUACAUUGAUCCUAUUAUACAAUCGACUAGCUUUUCCAGCUCUACCCUUUCCUCUGUAAAACUUGCAUCUGCAAUUCUAAUAGGUCCACAAAAUUAUGUAGUUAAUAUACAAUCUGAACAAAGAUCAAAAACUUUAUUAAGUACUUUUGGUUUGCUCGGAAGUUUAUGGACUACUGCAGUAGGGAUAUAUGUUUUUCUGUUCGGUAUUGAUAAACUUAAUCCAUUUGGCUGUGUACUAAAGUGUCCGUGUUUCCGUCGUAAUGCUCGUAAAAAAUUGGAAUCUGCUUUCCCUAUAAUUCCUUUUGUAAGCAAUUCUAAUACUGAGUUAAGUAUUUCACAAUUGCAAGGUAGACUUAACGCUUUAGAAAUGUUUUUAAAAGAACGUAUAUUUGAUGUUGAAUACUUGCAAGAAGAUGUUACUAUACAAGAAAAUAAUCAAAUGAACAGUAACAUUAAUUAUUACACAUAG